AUGAUCAAAUCUCUUAUGAAACUCAAGCAAGAACUGAAGCCGAAACCAACCACAUUCCGAAUGCCGGCGAUCAAUCGGUGGGGAAGUAUCGACCUUGAACUCGAACAUUUCCCAUCGAAGUAAGAAGCCGACUUGGUCCGACAACUGUCCUGCAUGUAGCUCGGCCUUCUCCAUGUGAUUCCAUACCAAAACAGACUCUAGUUCCUCCAUUUUCUUGUCCGAAAACUAGCGAACUUGAUGGCUGUUCCAGGGUAUGUGCUCUACAUCCGUAGUCUGGGCGAGGAUAGCUGGGGUGAUGAUUGCGUGAUGGUGCUUCUUAUGGAUGUCGCUGUGAAAACGGCACAAUGGGAAAGAGGAGGGGACAUGGAUAAUAACUUCAAGAGUUCUGAUCUUGGUAAUGGGCCGAUGAUGGGUAUUUUGACAAAUAGCUCGUAGGCUAUUGAUGCUCCGAGAAACCGCUACCAGUCCUGCGAGCCCAUAGCUGACGCGCCGAAAGUUUCUGUAGAAAGGAGGAUGUUCCUGCCACACGUCCGACAACAUCAGUGAGCUUGCCAAUUUUCGGAAAUACAAGAGUUUUGCCAUCAGAUUUUGGAUUGAAGCUAUUGAAAGUAUCAGCGCAUAUUCAGAUACCGAGGAAGAUUAGAGACUUAAGCUUAGGAAUUGCAGCCCCGAGAUCAGGCAAUGCCCCUUCGCCGACAUUUUCGGAGAUAGAGUGUGUUGUACGUGUAGAAUGCCUCACGGGCUUCACGGUACAGUGUCUUGCAUGUCAAAGAUAUGUUGAUGAGAUCCGAGAAGGUGCUAGCUCUGGACCAGUUUCCAUACGCGAUGUUUCGAGGACUGUCUUCUUCCUGCCUAAUAAUAUCAGAGUCGAUGAGGAGAGAUUCAAGAAUGAGGAGGCGAACAUCGGCCGAGAUGGUCAUAAGUCCUAUGGAAGGUGA